AUGAUCCAUCCCCUGUGCCUGUCUGCCUGUCUCCUCUCUCCCCCCCGCCCCUCCCCAGCCAGCGAAUUCUCUGGACCAGAGCUGUUCGAGCCUCAAGGGUCAAUGGAUCCUUUUUUUUCGGCGAUCAGACCUCUCGAACCCCUCUCCACCUUCUCUGAUCCAUCUACAUCUUAUUCCCUCAUGCCUGUCUGCUUUCUUACGCCCCCUGCUCUCUCUCCUAUCAGUGACUUCUCGGGUCACGAGCUGUUUGAGUGCCUCAAGGGCCAGUGGAUCCACUUUUUCGGCGACCAGACCUCUCGAACUCUCUCCACCUUCUUUGCCAAGAAGAUGCGAAUUAAGAAGGUCGGCAUCACACCCCCACAGGGGCUGAAACCCCCCUCCCCACCUCCUCCUCCUCCUCUGUUUCGCCAUCCUCCUUCUCUCCCUCCUCCUCCUCUUCCGCCUCCUCCUCCUCCUCCUCCUCCUCCUCCUCCUCCUCCUCCUCCUCCUCCUCCUCCUCCUCCUCCUCCUCCUCCUCCUCCUCCUCCUCCUCCUCCUCCUCCUCCUCCUCCUCCUCCUCCUCCUCUCCCACUCCCACCUUCCGAUAGUAAUGACGGCGACGGUAACAAGAAAGCUAGUAGUGCAAGUGGUGACAGUAGCGAGAGAGCUAGUAACGAAGAUGAUGAGAGAGAAGCAAGGGUGGGAGCAAGGGGAUGGCAGCCGGUCCCAAGGAGUGCAGAUCGCCCCACCGUGUCGUAUCUCUUCCGAGCGAAAAUGGCCCACCAACGCGCCCCUGCACCAGGGGACCAACCAGAAGACGACAUGAACGAUUUCUUUUUCGAUGCGCUGCAGGACCCCUUAGCGGAUCGGCCGGAUGUGCUUAUAAUGAGUAUGGGCGCGCACGAGGUGUUUGGGUGGUCCGGGCGGCCGCGCGUGAAGCUAAACCUGACUGUCUUUAAGGAGGAUGCGGAGGAGCUGCUGGGGAAGGUGCUGGAAAGCUUCCCAGAGCAGAGAGUAAUUUGGUGGAAGGCGCAUUAUAUCCAACAAGGCAAGAUCAAAGGAGAGCAACUAUUCAACAUUCGGCGAUAUCACAGCUGUUACCAGCGCCAUGCUUCCUCCCAGUCUGCUGCUAGCUGUCACAUCCUUUUCUCUCCAUUCCACCUCUCCCCUCCUAUGCAGGCAAGAUCAAGGGAGAGCAGCUAUUCACCACUCAGCGAUACCACAGUCGCUACCAGCGGCACGCCGCCGCCCGCUUUGCUGCCAACGGCAAGAUCAAGGGAGAGCAACUGUUCACCAUCCGGCGAUACCACAGCCGCUACCAGCGCCAUGCUUCCCCCUUAG